AAGAAGCUUAGACAUGUGGGAAGGAAUUUACUCAAAUACCUGCCUUCAGUUGAUAAGCUUCUUGAAGUACUUGAUGAACUGGAGCUGGUAUUAUCAACUGUGGAUCAAGCACCAACUAAGUCAAUUCAAGAAUCACUGGUACCAUCAAUGAAGGCAUUGAUUUCUGAUGAACUUUUGAGGCACACAGAUGAGGAUGUUAAGAUUUUGGUUACAUCUUGCAUUACUGAGAUUACAAGAAUUACAGCGCCAGAUGCCCCUUAUGAUGAUGAACAUAUGAAGGAAAUUUUCAAGCUCAUAGUGGCAGCUUUUGAGAAAUUGUCUCUCGCAUCUGGUCGUAGCUAUGAAAAAGCACUUACCAUACUUGAAAAUGUUUCGAAGACUAGAUUAUGCUUGGUCAUGCUGGACCUGGAGUGUGAUGACCUGGUUAUUGAGAUGUUUAAGCAUUUCUUGAGCAUUAUAAGGUCAAACCAUCCCCAAAAUGUAGCUCAUUCAAUGGAAUCAAUAAUGAGCUUAAUCUUGAAUGAAAGUGAAGAAAUUUCAGCAGAUCUUCUGAGGCCUUUAUUAUGUAGUGUAAGAAAGGAAUUUCAGACUAUUUCUCCUUGUUCUUGGACACUGGGGGAGAAAGUAAUUAACAACUGUGCUGUUAGGCUAAAGCCUAAUCUAAUGAAAGAGAUGGAGUCCUCUGGCAGAGCUCUCAAUGAGUAUGCACAGAUAGUAACUUCUAUUUGCCAGAACGAUUCUGAAACUCCCCAAUGUGAUCAUUCGGAUGGUUCUGAGAAGGCGGUGGUUCAUUUAGUUGAAAACAAGCUUGAUGUGCCUAAAGAUGCAAAUGAACAACCCUGUGAGGAGACCAAGCGGCUUGAAUCAGAUAUUGCCUGUGUGAGAGAUGCCCAAAUUAUGGAUGAUACAAAAUCAAACAUAAGAAGUGCCCGUGCUUCUGCUAAGGACGGUGAAGCUAUAAAACAGUCUGGUUCAAAAAGGAAAUUGCAUUCUGAUCUUACUAAGAACUCCAAAAGAAGCAAUGCAAAAACCAAUUCAGAAACUGGCAAUUUAGAGUCUGUUGGGGAACCAAAGUCAGAAACUCAGUUGAAUACUGUGCCAAGGAAGAGGGGCCGUAAGCCUAAUUCUUUAAUGAAUGAAGAGGAAGGCUACGAUCACUCGUGGAUUUUGGGAGGAACAAAAACUGGAAAAUCAGCUCUAUCCAGAAAGGCUUGCGAUAGCAACUCUGCUUUUUCACCUUCUGAAAACCCUACCUCCAAAAAGGAUAAGUUGCAGUCAAAGCCUAAAACUGUAAGUGAAGCUCUAAUUUCAGAGCCGAAAAAUGAGAGCAUUGCGAAACCUGCUCAAUACAGAAAGACUCGUGAUAUGGGCAGUGAUUUUCCACAUUACAAAAAACCUGCUUCCCUCAAGGAUAAUGUUCUGUCAAAGCCUGAAGAUAUGAGCAAAGGUUGUGAAGAUUCAAUUUCUAAACCUAGAACUGAUGCGAAUGCUGAUGCUUCUCCUCCUUUUACAAAUCAUAACUCUCCUGAUGGAAGCUACCCCAAAAGAGGCCGGCCAAGGAAAAUAACUAGCACUGGGAGUCAAGAUAUUGAUCCCAUUCCUGUUUCAACAUUAAAGGAAGACCAUUUGAAUCCUCUGCUUGAGGGAUUGGAAUCUCCUGGUGUUAGGUUGGAAAAGGAAUCUGAAGUAAGGAAGGAUUCUGAAGUAAAACCUCAGGCACCCAUUAGGAAAAUCACUGUAAAGUUUGAUGGGAAAACUGCCGUGGCUAAAAUGGAAUCUAAGUUCUCUUGUGAAGAUGAGGGAAAACACAAGUCAGCUAUGAAUAUUGAUGUAGAAAAUAGAGAUGAGGGCAGGUCCUCAGCUCAAAAAGAAGUUAAAAAAAGGAGGAGACUUGAUGCUACUCCUAAUAAAGGUCACAAAAAAUCAUCUGAUAUGAAGGAGCUGAUUUCAGAGUCUGCAAGUAAAACAUUAAGUGGAGUUGAGGAAACCCCACGAGCAAGGCUGAAGAGAAGCCGCAUCGCUGUGAGUGUUGAGCCAUCUGAAACUAGCAAUCAUGGUAACUCAUUGAUUGGUAGUAGAGUAAAAGUUUGGUGGCCCUUGGAUAAGAUGUUUUAUGAAGGUGUUAUCCAUUCUUAUGAUCCUGUUAAAGGAAAGCACAAGAUUUUGUAUGCUGAUGGUGAUGUGGAAGUGUUAAACCUUCAAAAACAGCGCUGGGAACUAAUUAGUGUUGAUGAUUCCCCAAAUGAGGAAGAAGGACUUGCGCUUCAGAAGCUCGCAGAGGCAUCAGACAUAGCAGAAAAAAGCAAAGAAAAACCCAAGUUGGAGUUGGUCAAGGAUGCAAAUAACAAUUCUCGAUCAAGUAGGGGUAGAGGAGCUUCUGCCAGCAUCUCCAGAUCUGAAUCUGUAAAAUCUGCAGUCAAAUCUGUGGAUACUUCUUCAAUUAACAGAUCUGAUUUGGCUGAUGAGUCCAUGGAUGAUCCACCUACAACUUGUAACAGGCAAGACUCUACUGGGAAACCUAGAACCAAAAGAAAGAAGACUGGUUCAGACAUCAAGAGGAACCAACCUGAUACAUGAGAACUUUGAAAAGGAAAAAGUGCAAGUGGCUUGAAUUUUGCAGUAGGAAAUGUGUCAACAAGAUGACCAAAGGAGUAUAGGAAGGUUACUAGUUACUAUAAAGCUGGCACUAGAGCUAGUAACUUCGGCUUUACCAUAGGGAUUAUCAGUCUAGUCUGUUUCUCUUUUAGUAUGGUUUGAUAUUUUGUGGUGUCUUAAGACUAUUUAUUACAGCAGAAGGGUUUGGUUCACACCCUUUUUUGAAACUUGGUUUUUUGUAUAUAAUGAUUUCAUGGAUUUG